AAUUCUUAUUUCUACUUGGUCGCCAGUUGUCACCCACAUAGCUCAAUCCCAAUGUCUGGCCGMUCUCUGUGUGCCACUGAAAAGCCUCACCCAUAGCCAUAGCCUUAAACCCCAAACCUCUACAAUUCGAAUUCCCAUUUCACUGCCGCCAUACUCGGCCGGAGCAAAGCUUUCGCCGGGACAUGCUUCUUCAAAUGCCCUUCUCUGGCCCCUCUCUCCUCCCUCCCUACAGACUCAAUCCCCUUCUCUUCACCAGGCACCGCCCUGCUUUUCGCCUCUCCCGCUCCCAUUUCUGCCGUCUUCGACCCACACAAUUUACUGUUGCUGCGUCAGCGAAUGGCGUGUUUACUUCUCCAGAGGUAGCAAAGACGUUUGACUUUGCUUCAGAAGAGCGAAUAUACAGAUGGUGGGAAUCUCAAGGUUAUUUCAGGCCACAUUUUGAUCAAGAUAGUGUUCCAUUUGUGAUUUCAAUGCCACCUCCCAAUGUCACUGGAUCGCUUCACAUGGGACAUGCGAUGUUUGUGACUCUUGAGGAUAUUAUGGUUAGAUAUAAUCGUAUGAAGGGCAGACCAACACUAUGGCUUCCGGGGACUGAUCAUGCUGGUAUUGCAACACAGUUGGUUGUUGAAAGAAUGCUUGCGUCUGAAGGAAUAAAAAGGGUUGAGUUGGGAAGAGAUGAAUUUACGAAGCGAGUUUGGGAGUGGAAAGAGAAGUAUGGUGGAACUAUCACAAAUCAAAUUAAGAGACUUGGAGCUUCCUGUGAUUGGACUAGAGAGCACUUUACCCUUGAUGACCAACUGAGUCGAGCUGUUGUUGAGGCAUUUGUUCGGCUUCACGAGAGAGGCUUGAUUUAUCAAGGCUCGUACAUGGUAAACUGGUCUCCGAGUCUGCAGACUGCUGUUUCUGACCUGGAAGUAGAGUAUUCUGAAGAAUCUGGUACUCUCUAUUACAUCAAGUACCGAGUGGCUGGAGGUUCAAAGAGUGAUUACUUGACAAUAGCAACAACUCGUCCUGAAACCUUAUUUGGAGAUGUAGCAAUAGCAGUUAAUCCUCAGGAUGAUCGGUACUCUAAAUAUGUUGGUAUGAUGGCAAUCGUUCCAAUGACGUAUGGUCGUCAUGUCCCUAUCAUCUCUGACAAGCAUGUUGAUAAGGACUUUGGCACUGGUGUGCUAAAGAUAAGCCCUGGACAUGAUCAUAAUGACUACCUGCUUGCUCGAAAACUCGGUCUCCCAAUACUUAAUGUGAUGAACAAGGAUGGAACCCUUAAUAAGGUUGCUGGACUUUACCGUGGUCUAGAUCGGUUUGAAGCACGUAAGAAACUCUGGGCAGAUUUGGAGGAGACAGGCCUAGCUGUAAGAAAGGAAGCACACACCUUACGGGUACCAAGAUCCCAACGUGGAGGAGAAAUAAUUGAACCUUUAGUUAGUAAGCAGUGGUUCAUGACCAUGGAGCCAUUGGCUGAAAAGGCCCUUCGUGCUGUUGAAAAAGGAGAUUUAACCAUUAUUCCCGAGAGAUUUGAGAAGAUUUACAAUCACUGGCUGUCAAAUAUAAAGGACUGGUGUAUAAGCAGGCAGCUAUGGUGGGGACAUCGUAUUCCAGUUUGGUACGUUGUGGGAAAAAAUCCAGAAGAAGAAUAUAUAGUUGCUAGGAAUGCUGGUGAGGCUCUUGAGCAAGCUCACAAGAAAUAUGGGAAGGAUGUAGAAAUAUACCAGGAUCCAGACGUACUUGACACUUGGUUCUCAAGUGCGCUAUGGCCUUUUAGUACUCUUGGAUGGCCAGAUGAGACAGCAGAGGAUUUUAAGCGGUUCUAUCCAACAACAAUGCUUGAAACUGGGCAUGACAUACUAUUCUUUUGGGUGGCAAGGAUGGUAAUGCUGGGAAUUGAAUUUACGGGCACUGUUCCAUUUUCAUAUAUUUAUCUCCAUGGACUCAUUCGGGACUCUCAGGGACGGAAAAUGUCUAAAACACUGGGAAAUGUGAUAGAUCCACUUGAUACAAUUAAAGAAUUUGGCACUGAUGCUUUACGAUUCACACUUGCUUUAGGAACUGCCGGUCAGGACCUUAAUCUAUCCACCGAGAGAUUGACUUCCAAUAAGGCAUUCACUAAUAAAUUGUGGAAUGCUGGAAAGUUCAUAUUGCAGAAUUUACCUACUCAGAAUGAUUCAAGAUCUUGGGAAUCCAUACUAAGUUUUGAGUUUGAGAAAGAGGAUUGCCUGCUCAAGUUAUCUUUACCAGAGUGCUGGAUUGUCUCAGAACUUCAUUCCCUAAUAGACAUGGUCACCACUAGCUAUGAUAAAUUUUUCUUUGGAGAUAUUGGGAGGGAUGUAUAUAACUUCUUCUGGGGUGAUUUUGCAGAUUGGUAUAUUGAAGCUAGCAAAGCUCGCCUUUAUCAAUCUGGAGGCCACUCAGUUACUUUGGCACAAGCUGUGUUGUUGUAUGUUUUUGAAAAUAUUCUCAAAUUACUACAUCCUUUCAUGCCAUUUGUGACUGAGGAACUUUGGCAGGCACUUCCUCAUCGCAAAGAAGCUUUAAUUAUAUCUCCUUGGCCACAAAGUUCGCUACCAAGGCAGGCCAGUGCGGUUAAGAAAUUUGAGAACCUAAAAUUGUUGACAAGAGCAAUCCGGAAUGCUAGAGCAGAAUACUCAGUUGAGUCAGCAAAGCGUAUUUCGGCUUCUAUAGUUGCAAGUGAAGAAGUGAAUCAAUAUAUAUCUGAGGAAAAGGAAGUUUUAGCUCUUUUUACUCGACUGGAUCUAAAUAAUGUCCAUUUUGCAAACUCUCCUCCAGGAAAUGUAGAUCAAUCAGUUCAUCUUGUAGCUGGUGAAGGACUUGAGGCUUAUCUACCUCUUGCCRAUAUGGUUGAUAUUUCAGUCGAACUCCAACGCUUAUCAAAGCGCCUAUCGAAAAUGAAGAUGGAGUAUGAUGGAUUUAUAGCUCGCCUCAAUUCUCCAAGCUUUGUAGAGAAAGCUCCUGAAGACAUCGUUCGUGGGGUAAGAGAAAAGGCCGAAGAAGCAAAAGAGAAGAUAGCUCUCAUCGAGAAGCGCUUCUUUCUCCUCAGAUCAACUGUUCCAGUUCCUGAUCGUUAACCAUCACCACCUUACCAAAGAACAGUUCUAAUUUUCACAGUCCAAUUGCUUUCGUAACUGUCCAUCGUUGAAAGAAGGAACAAGGAACCGAUUGACACCUUCUUCCCGAGGCUUCCCGAGUUAAAAGAGCUUCAUCUCUUUGGUGAGUCAGUGCUCUCCUCCAUCCCAUGAAGAGAAAGUUCAACUGAUAAAAGCAGUGCAGCCCCAUGCCACCACCAGAAGUACAGGGAUUAGUUGAUUGCUACCAAUUAACUUAUUGUAUGUUAGACAAAAUAAUUCACAUCCAUUUUUUUCCACUGAAAUAUAAAUGCUAUCAUAUGUAGUUUUAGCAUUAGAGAGAGUUUUCGUAUKCAAUAAAUUUGAGUUAUUGACGCAA